GGAAGGGAGACGUGAACGCGCACCGGGGCACUCAACCAGACGGCAUAAGCAGGGGUAACCACCGAAGGACCGGGAACACAGCCCCUUCCCCAUCUCACUGGUCUCCAUGGCGUUAGCUGAGCUGUACACACAGUAUAACAGGGUUUGGAUCCCUGAUGCUGAGGAGGUAUGGAAGUCUGCAGAAAUCACAAAAGACUUAAAGUCUGGGGAUAAUGUGCUACACCUACUUUUGGAAGAUGGAACGGACAUGAAGUAUCCAGUGGAUCGAGAAAGACACCUUCUGCCACCCCUUCGAAACCCAGAUAUCCUUGUGGGUGAAAAUGACCUCACUGCUCUUAGCUAUUUACAUGAACCUGCCGUUCUACACAACCUCAAAGUGCGAUUCAUGGAAUCCAAACUUAUCUACACUUACAGUGGCAUUAUUCUGGUUGCAAUCAAUCCCUAUAAAGAGAUACCAAUAUACGGAGAUGCGAUUAUCCAUGCAUACAGCGGGCAAAAUAUGGGUGAUAUGGAUCCACAUAUAUUUGCUGUUGCAGAAGAGGCUUACAAACAGAUGGCACGGAACAAUAGGAAUCAGUCCAUUAUUGUGAGUGGAGAGUCUGGAGCAGGAAAGACUGUGUCGGCUCGCUAUGCAAUGCGUUACUUUGCCACAGUCAGUAAAUCGAGUAGCAAAGCAAAUGUGGAAGACAGAGUGCUUGCAUCCAACCCAAUCACGGAGGCUAUUGGGAAUGCAAAAACUACCAGAAAUGAUAACAGCAGUCGAUUUGGGAAAUAUUCAGAAAUUAGCUUUGAUAAGAGAUACCAAAUAAUUGGUGCAAAUCUGAGAACGUAUCUCCUUGAGAAGUCCAGAGUUGUAUUUCAGUCAGAAGAUGAGAGAAACUACCAUAUCUUCUACCAGCUUUGCGCAUCUGCUACGCAGCCAGAAUUCAAGCAUCUUCACUUAAUGACUGCCGAUGAAUUUAAUUACACAGCAAUGGGUGGCUGCACAGUUAUUGAAGGAGUUGAUGAUAGAAGAGACAUGAUAGACACUCAAAAAACAUUUACAUUACUAGGUUUGAACGUUGAUUUUCAGAUGGAUGUGUUUAAGAUCCUGGCAGCUAUCCUGCAUUUAGGAAAUGUGGAGGUCAAACGUGUCAGUGACGAUAAAUCCUCUGUUAAUAAAAACGACAAACACUUGAAGUUAUUCUGCGAGCUUCUUGACCUGGAAUCUGAAAAAGUAGCACUCUGGUUAUGCAAUCGAAAAAUUGUUACUACGUCAGACACCGUCAUUAAACCCAUGACAAAACUUCAGGCUGAUAAUGCAAGGGAUGCUUUGGCCAAAAAGAUUUACUCUCAUCUUUUUGACCACAUUGUUGAGAAAAUAAAUAAAGCGUUACAGUUUCCUGGCAAACAGCACACGUUCAUUGGGGUACUUGACAUCUACGGGUUUGAAACAUUUGAAAUCAAUAGUUUUGAACAGUUUUGUAUUAAUUAUGCAAAUGAGAAGCUACAGCAGCAGUUCAACUUGCAUGUCUUCAAGCUUGAACAGGAAGAAUAUAUGAAAGAAGAUAUUCCAUGGACGUUGAUUGAUUUUUACGAUAAUCAGCCAGUCAUUGACCUCAUUGAAGCCAAGAUGGGCAUUCUGGAAUUACUUGAUGAAGAGUGUUUGUUGCCCCAGGGGAGAGAUGAGAAUUGGCUACAAAAACUCUAUAACAACUACCUCAAUAAGAACCCUUUGUUUGAAAAGCCCAGAAUGUCCAACAGAGCGUUUAUUAUCCAGCACUUUGCAGAUAAGGUAGAAUACCAAUGUGAUGGAUUUUUGGAGAAAAACAGAGACACAGUGUAUGAAUCGUUGAUUGAUCUGCUUAAAACCAGUAAGUUCCAGAUGUGUGCCAACUUUUUUCAAGACACCUCUACACCUACGUCACCUUUCAGUGCUGGUAUAAAGGUGAAAUCUGCCAGGCCUGUGAUAAAGUCUGCAAACAAAGAGUUUCGAAUGACAGUUGGCUGCAAGUUCCGCAAUUCCUUGUGUUUACUCAUGGAGACACUAAAUGCAACCACUCCUCACUAUGUAAGAUGCAUAAAGCCUAAUGACGAAAAGCUGCAAUUCGAAUUUGACUCCAAGAGAGUGGUGCAGCAGUUACGAGCGUGUGGUGUUCUGGAAACCAUAAGGAUAAGUGCCCAGAGCUACCCUUCCAGGUGGACAUACAUAGAAUUUUUUGGCCGAUAUAGCAUCCUCAUGACUCAGCAGGAAUUAUACCUGAGUGAUAAAAAACACAUUUGCAAAGUUGUUCUACAAAGAUUGAUACAAGAUUCUAACCAAUAUCAGUUUGGAAGAACAAAAAUUUUCUUUAGAGCUGGUCAGGUGGCCUACUUAGAAAAACUCAGAUCUGAUAAGCUGAGAAAUGCCUGCAUCAUGAUCCAGAAGAAUAUCCGUGGCUGGGUUCAGCGGAAGAAGUUUCUCCGCGCCAGAAACUCUGCGAUUGUAAUACAACAGUACUUCCGGGGACAGCGAUCUGUAAGGCAAGCAAUAACUGCCACAUCUCUGAAGCAGACAUGGGCCGCAAUAAUUAUCCAGAAACAUUGUAGAGGCUUUCUAGUCCGCCGGAUUUAUCAACUAAUCUUAAUCGCCACUGUGACUAUACAGGCUUUCACACGUGGCUAUUUGGCAAGACAGAGAUAUCGAAAGCUGCGGGAAGAACACAAGGCUUUAGUAUUGCAGAAGUACGCACGUGCUUGGCUGGCAAGACGCAGGUUCCAGAAUAUGCGGCGCUUUGUACUAAACAUACAGCUGUCUUACAGAGUGCAGCGUCUACAAAAGAAGCUUGAGGAUCAGAACAAAGAAAACCAUGGAUUAGUUGAACGAUUGACCAGUUUGGCAUCUACUCAUGCACAGAAUUUAGAUAAACUUCACAAACUAGAAUCCGAACUGGAAAAGAAAACUGUGCACGGGAAAUCCCAGGAGGAAAAAGUGAAGAAAUAUAAGGAUGACUCUGAACAGAAACUAGCAAAACUUCAAAAGCAAAAUACUGAACUCCUCGAAAUGAAACAGCAACUGGAGAUGAAACUAGAAGACAAGACACAAGAAAUGAAAGAGAAAAUGAAUGACCUCACAAACCAACUGUUUGCUGAUGUGGAGAAAGAAGAAAAGCAAAGAAUAAAACUUGAAAAACAUUUUGAGAUCCAGAAAGAAGAUUAUGAGAAACAGAUUGAAAUACUGAAAGUAGAGAUCAAGUCCCUGAAAAGCAGGAACAAGCAGCUUCUGCGGCAGGUGGAGGAACAGCAACUCCUCAGUGAUGGCCUAAAACAGGAGAUAAGUCACCUUACAAAUGUUGCAGAGAAAAUACCCGAAUUACAAAAGGAAAUUGAAGUUCUUGAGGCCCAAAAGAGAGAGUCCGAUAACCAGAUGCAGUUUCAAAAGCAGGAAAUGAGAGAAAAGAUGAAUGAAAUGGCUAAACAGCUCCUGGACAGCCUAGAAAUAGAAGAUGUUAAAAACAGACUCGCCCAAGAGGAUCUGGGAAAUAUAAAUGAAGAUGGAGAACUUUGGUUUGCAUACGAAGGCUUGAAAAAAGCCACCAGAAUUUUGGAAAGCCAUUUUCAAACUCAAAAAGAGAGCUAUGAAAAAGAUAUUGAAUUGUUAAACUUUAAUGUGAACCACCUCGCUGAUGAUGUGAAAAAACUGCAGAAAUCAUGCAAUGAAGAAAAAGAAACGAAUGAUAGCCUCAGACAGGAGAUCAUAAGGCUGACGACUGAGAAUAAGGUUGUGGCUACUCUCAAAGCUAAGAUUUCAGACCUUGAAAAACAAAAUAUGGACCUCCAAGGCUGCCUCUAUGAACAGUCCAUGAAACUGCCAGGAAAAGAGGAGAAAGUAACUAACCACAAACAACAAGCUCUUGAAAAAGAAGAAGUAACUCCACAAUUGCAGAAUUCCAUAAGGCAGGUGCAGGAAGAAGAUAAGGAGGAAGGAGACAUUCGACAAAUAAAGCAGGAUUAUGAGGAACAGGCAGAUAAAAAGGACAGAAUUAUCAAGAAACUCCAAGAUCAAAUCAAAGCUCUUACUAAGUCUAUUGAAACAGAUAAUCAAGUGGGCAUCUCAACGGUUUCUAAGGAAUACCUGGGGAUGCUGGAAUUCAUACCAGAAGAUGAGCCAAAACUCAUUAGCAAUCUCAUUUUAGAUCUCAAACCACGUGGCGUUGUAGUUAAUAUGAUCCCCGGUCUCCCAGCUCACAUCAUGUUCAUGUGUGUGAGAUAUACUGAUUACAUUAAUGAAGCGGACAGGAUCAAGUCUCUGAUGAAUGCAACCAUCAACGGCAUUAAGCAAGUCAUUAAGGAUCACGCAGAGGACUUUGAAAUGCUAUCAUUCUGGCUGUCAAAUGUUCAUCAUUUUCUCAACUGUUUAAAACAAUACAGUGGUGAAGAGGAGUUCGCAAAGUAUAACCUGCCACUACAAAAUAAAAACUGUUUGAAGAAUUUUGACCUGUCUGAGUAUAGACAGAUUAUAAGUGACUUGGCCAUUAGGAUAUACCAUCAGUUUAUCACUGUUAUGGAAAACAACAUUCAGCCAAUGAUCGUGCCCGGGAUGUUGGAACAUGAGAGCCUCCAUGGAAUUUCAGUUGCCAAACCUACUGGGUUUCGUAAACGUUCCUCCAGUAUAGACGAUACAGACACGUAUACAAUGACUUCAAUCCUUCAGCAACUCAGUUACUUUUAUACUACUAUGUGUCAGCAUGGCAUGGACUCUGAACUGCUGAAGCAGGCCGUCAAGCAGCUAUUCUAUCUGAUCUCUAGCGUCACGCUGAAUAGCCUUUUCUUACGCAAAGACAUGUGUUCUUGCAGGAAAGGAAUGCAGAUAAGAUGUAAUAUCAGCUACUUGGAGGAAUGGCUGCAAGGCAAGAAUCUGCAAGGAAGUACAGCGAAGGAGACCCUUGAACCUCUCUCCCAGGCCGCAUGGCUGCUGCAGGUGAAGAAGAUCAAAGAUGAAGAUGCCAAGGAGAUAUGUGAACGCUGUACUACCCUCUCACCUAUGCAGAUUGUGAAGAUUCUGAACUCUUACACUCCUAUUGAUGACUUUGAGAAGCGAGUAACACCAUCUUUUGUGCGCAAGGUUCAGUCAAUGCUCAGCAAUCGAGACGAUGGUUCACAGUUAAUGCUGGACAGCAAAUACCUCUUCCAAGUGACGUUCCCAUUCAGCCCAUCUCCACAUGCGCUGGAAAUGAUCCAAAUUCCCAGCAGCCUGAAACUUGGCUUCCUUACGAGAAUCUAGGAUUAAAAAAAGACUCCACGUGAUCUAAUGACAAAGCAACGUGAAGGACUCUUGAAGGAAUGAUAUCCCUUGGUGAAUUUAUUGCUAAUUUUGGAUGUCAGUAAAUGAUGUGUCCACAUUUUGAACGUGACACAAAGAAACAUUUUCUCAGUUUCUCUGAGAAGGGAACCAAUGCAAAGUGUCAAAGAGACGAUUUCACAGCGAAACAACCCCUGUGAUGAGUGAAACCAGAGAUUUCCCAGUGAACAGUAACCCUUUGUUAUACCCUUGGGAUGUACUGCCCUAAUAAACCCUGUAUAGCUACAUCCAUCUAUUAAAAGAACAUCGAAGCUCACGAAUAUAUGAGAACAAAAUGUUCCUAGCAUUAUAUUGAACCUAAGCAAUAACAUUUAUAGAGC